AGCUUCAACAGAAGCAACGUCUCCACGUCAGCCUCAUGUCAGGGCUCUCAGUGUCUGUUCGCCUUCUACGGGGGGGAGACGUCCUACCACCGACACCUCUUCCUGCUGCAGCUGUCCAACCUGCUGCUCUGCCUCUGGCUCAUCAACUUCAGCCUGGCUCUGGAGCAGUGCACGCUGGCCGGGACCUUCGCCAGCUACUACUGGGCCAGGAGGAAGCCUCAGGACAUCCCCCCAUGUCCCCUCUUCUCCUCGUUCAGCAGGGCCCUCAGGUAUCACACCGGGUCUCUGGCAUUUGGAGCUCUGAUUCUGUCGGUUGCACAGCUGGUACGGAUCAUUCUAGAAUAUGUGGAGCAGAGACUAAAAGGUGUUAACAACGUUGUGUCCAGGUUCCUCCUGCACUGUCUGCAGUGCUGCUUCUGGUGUUUGGAGAAGUUCAUACGCUACAUGAACCGUAAUGCUUAUAUCAUGGUGGCCAUCUAUGGUAAGAACUUCUGUACCUCUGCCAGAGAAGCCUUCUUCCUGCUCAUGAGGAAUGUGGUGAGGACUGCAGUUCUGGACAGAGUGACAGACUUCCUGUUGUUCCUGGGCAAAGCGUUGAUAGCUGGAGGAGUUG